CUCCCUCCCUCCCUCCCCGUUUCGCUCCGCCUUCCUCCGGCGUCUCUCGCGAUGGCCGCCGCUCCUCCCCCCCUCCUGCUCCGCCUCCGCCUCGUCGUCCUCGUCGCGGCGGCGCUCUCCGGGACGACCCCGGCGAGGGGCGCCGCCCGGAGCGCCGAGGCGGUCGUGGAAAUCGAGUCCCUCACCUCCUUCAAGCUCGACCUCCACGACCCGCUCGGCGCGCUGGACGGCUGGGACCCGUCCACGCCGUCGGCGCCCUGCGACUGGCGCGGCGUCACCUGCGCCGGCGGACGGGUCGCCGAGCUCCGCCUCCCCAGGCUCCAGCUCGUCGGCCGGCUCACCGACCGCAUCUCCGGGCUGGCCAUGCUGAGCAAGCUCAGCCUCAGGUCGAACGCCUUCAACGGGAGCAUCCCCGCCUCCCUCGCCAAAUGCGGCCGCCUGACCGCCGUCUUCCUGCAGUACAACUCGUUCUCCGGCAACCUCCCGCCGGAGAUAGCGAACCUCACGGAUCUCCACGUCCUGAACCUGGCGCAGAACCGCCUCUCCGGCGACAUAGCCGGCGGCCUCCCCGUCAACCUCCGGUAUCUCGAUCUCUCGUCCAACUCCUUCUCCGGCGACGUUCCUCGCAGCCUAUCCAACUUGUCUCAGCUGAAGCUCAUCAAUCUCUCGUAUAACAACUUCACCGGCGAGAUUCCUGCGCUGUUCGGCGAGCUUCAGGAGCUAGAGUAUCUCUGGCUCGACUACAAUCUACUGGACGGAACUUUACCCUCUGCGAUCGCUAAUUGCUCUUCGCUCGUGCAUUUGAGCGCCGAGGGGAAUGCGCUCAGUGGAGUGAUACCUUCCGCCAUUGGCGCCCUCCAGAAGCUCCAGGUGGUCGCGCUCUCACGGAAUAAUUUCUCCGGUUCAGUGCCGGCUUCGCUGUUCUGCAACGUGUCAGGUAACUCGCCGUCUCUUAGAAUCGUUCAACUCGGCUUUAAUGGGCUCACGGACAUCAUUGGUCCGAAGACCACGCCGUGUUUCGGCGUCCUGCAAGUUUUGGAUCUCCAGGAGAAUUUAAUAGCCGGCACGUUUCCUUCGUGGUUAGCCAAUGUACCAACUUUGACCGCGUUAGAUUUUUCGAGGAACAUGCUUUCUGGUUCACUUCCGGGCGCGAUUGGAAAUUUGUUUAGAUUGGAGGACCUGAGGAUGGGGAACAACUCUUUCGGUGGAGCCAUUCCUGUCGAGAUCCGAAACUGUACUUCUUUGCAGGUGCUCGAUCUCGAAGGGAAUAGGCUGACUGGGGAGGUUCCUGGAUUUCUGGGUGAAUUCAGAGGUUUGAGGGUUCUGUCUCUUGGAAAUAAUCUGUUCUCAGGUCUGGUUCCUGCAAGUAUCAGUAAUCUCACGGGGCUUGAGACUUUGAAUUUGAGGCGCAACAGCUUCGUCGGUACUUUGCCGGAGCGAAUGAUGGGGAUGAGCAACUUGACUACAUUGGACCUGAGUGGAAAUAAAUUCUCAGGUCAGGUGCCUGCGAAUAUUGGGAACUUGAGCAGAUUAGUGGUCUUGAACAUGAGCGAUAAUAAUCUUUCGGGGUCGAUUCCUGCCGGUUUGGGCAAUCUUUUUAAGCUCACUGCCCUUGAUUUGAGCAAGCAGAAUUUGUUCGGCGAGCUGCCGCUUGAGCUCGCGGGUUUGCCGAGCUUGCAAGUCGUUGCUCUACAGGAGAACAAGUUAUCUGGUGAUGUUCCCGAAGGGUUUAGUAGUUUGGUGGGUUUGCGGUACUUGAACCUCAGUUUCAAUAUCUUUUCUGGUAAGCUUCCUUUGACGUUCGGGUUCCUUCGGUCACUGGUGGUUCUCUCAUUGUCAGGGAACCGGAUUUCUGGUUUGAUCCCACCGGAGCUGGGAAAUUGCUCUGACCUUGAAGUUCUUGAGCUCGGAGCAAAUUCUUUUUCUGGUCAUAUUCCCUCUGAUCUCUCUCGGUUGUCACAUCUGAAGAUCCUUGAUUUAGGGAGAAACAACUUGUCUGGCGAAAUCCCAAAAGAGAUCUCAAAGUGCUCAUCGUUGACUUCUUUAUCUCUAAACUCAAACCAUCUUUCCGGCAGCAUUCCCGACUCAUUGACAGAGCUAUCAAACCUGAAAACGUUGGAUCUCUCCACCAACAACUUAGAUGGGAAAAUCCCUGCCAAUUUUACACUGAUUUCUGGCUUGGCGAGUUUCAACGUAUCGGGGAAUAAUCUUGAAGGCGAGAUUCCUGCAAUGCUUGGUUCUCGAUUCAAUUCUUCAGCAUUUGCCAAUAAUCAGAACUUGUGUGGUAAGCCGCUCCAAAAGAAGUGCCAGGAUUCAACUGAGAGGAAUAGGAGGAAGAGGUUGAUUCUGCUAAUUGUGGUGAUCGCAUCUGGAGCUUGCCUUCUAACCUUAUUUUGCUGCUUCUACAUCUACAGCCUCUUGAGAUGGCGCAAGAGGCUGAAAGAAAAGGCAGCCGGUGAGAAGAAAACCAGCCCAGCCAGAGCAAGUUCUAGAUCGAGCGGAGGACGUGGAAGCACUGAUAAUGGAGCUCCGAAGCUUGUCAUGUUCAACAACAAAAUCACCCUCGCGGAAACAAUUGAAGCUACUAGGCAGUUUGACGAAGAGAAUGUAUUAGCCAGGACACGGUAUGGAUUGGUUUUCAAGGCCUGCUUCAAUGAUGGGAUGGUGCUCUCAAUCCGAAGGCUACCCGACGGAUCGCUUGACGAGAACAUGUUCAGGAAGGAAUCCGAAGCGCUCGGCAAAGUGAAGCACAGAAAUUUGACAGUUCUUCGCGGAUACUAUGCAGGGGCACCCGACUUGAGGCUUCUGGUCUAUGACUACAUGCCCAAUGGAAACCUGGCCACACUCCUCCAAGAAGCAUCCCACCAAGAUGGCCACGUCCUCAAUUGGCCAAUGCGCCAUCUGAUCGCCCUGGGGAUUGCCCGUGGAUUAGCGUUUCUCCACUCUUGCUCGAUGGUUCACGGGGAUGUGAAGCCCCAGAACGUGCUCUUCGACGCCGAUUUCGAAGCCCAUCUCUCGGAUUUCGGCCUCGAACGACUAACCGUUGCAACCCCUGCCGAAACCUCCACUUCUACUGCGGUCGGCACGCUGGGUUACGUAUCACCGGAAGCCGUACUCACCGGGGAAAUCACGAAGGAAUCCGACGUCUACAGCUUCGGCAUAGUACUGCUCGAGCUGCUGACGGGGAAGAGGCCGGUGAUGUUCACGCAAGACGAAGACAUCGUGAAGUGGGUCAAGAAACAGCUCCAGAAGGGCCAGAUCACGGAGCUGCUCGAGCCGGGCCUGCUCGAGCUCGACCCGGAAUCGUCCGAGUGGGAGGAGUUCCUGCUGGGAGUGAAGGUCGGGCUGCUCUGCACGACGCCCGACCCGCUCGGCCGGCCCACCAUGUCCGAUGUGGUUUUCAUGCUCGAAGGCUGCCGAGUCGGUCCCGACAUCCCGUCGUCGGCCGACCCGACGUCCCAGCACUCGCCGGCAUGACCAAACCGGGGGGGGGGGGGGGGAAGAAAGACUGAAAUCGUCCAUUAACACCACAUUUUCCAUCUCAUUUUAAUUAUUUUUAGAAUGUAACAGUGAAUGGUAGCCGAUUUUUUUUCCUUUCUAUUUUUUCUUUUUCCGAAAAUUAUCCCCCGGGGUUUUCUGUU